AUGUUUCACUCGCUCGGCGCCGACCACCUCGCCACGCCCACGCCCCACUCCGGCGCUGCCGUCGCGGGCGCGGGCAUGGACGUGACGCUCGCCUACCUCCCCCUCAACGAGAACGACUCCCUCGACAUGCUCCUCUACGACGUCCUCCGCGAGGCCUCCGCCAUGGCCGCCGCGCCCUCCCCGCCCAAGUUGCCAGGGGAGGCCGUCGCUGAUGAUGAUCUCGCCGCCAUCGGCACUGGCGAGGGCGGCAAGGCUGCAGGCACGGCCGGGAGGGCCGCGCCGGAGCCGCACUACCGCGGGGUGAGGCGGCGGCCGUGGGGCAAGUACGCGGCGGAGAUCCGGGACCCCUCGCGGAACGGCGCGCGCAUCUGGCUCGGCACCUUCGGCACGGCCGAGGAGGCGGCCGCCGCCUACGACACCGCCGCGCUCCGCUUCCGGGGCUCCAAGGCGCUGCUCAACUUCCCGCCCGCCCUCGCCGCGGACGCGCACCGUGGCCGCGCGGCGAAUUAG